AAACAACAGACCAACCUCUUCAGUAGAAUCCACUUCUCAAUCCCCCAAUCCCCAAUUCUACGGAACACAGAUCGCCGGCGACCGGCCCGAUUUACUUUCCUUUAUUCCGCAUAAUGUCAUGGCUGGCCCGAUCCAUCGCAAACUCUCUCAACUUCGACGACCACGGUGACGGUGACGAUGCUACGCACCCCGAAGCUAAGCUGCCCGAUAACUCUGGAUCCGAUGACGACGAGGUGUCCUCACCUACGACGCCUUCUCGCGGCGUCAAAGAGGAUCUCUCGGAGAUCAGUAAAACCCUAACCCGCCAGUUUUGGGGCGUAGCUUCAUUCCUGGCCCCUCCUCCGCAAGCAGAGGUGAAGAUGGAGACCGACGCCGAUUUGCCGGAUUCGGAGCAGGAUCCGAUGUUGAAGAUCCGAGGUGAUUUCGCGGAGAUUGGGGGCAAGUUUAAAAGCGGGAUUUCGCGGCUGUCUAACAAUAUCAAUGUUUCUGAAAUCACUAAAUUGGCUUCGAAUUUCCUGCAAUUGGAUGAUGACAGAGAGAAGCAGGAUGGCAUCGGUUCCUUGGGGGAUGGAGCUGCUAUUGGUGUUACUGAGGAAGUGGUGGCUUUCGCGCGUGACGUCGCUAUGCAUCCGGAGACUUGGAUGGAUUUCCCAUUACCUCCAGAUGAUGAAGAUGAUGACGAUUUUGAUUUGUCGGAUGCCCAACAAGAACAUGCUUUAGCAGUUGAACGACUUGCCCCAAGAUUAGCUGCACUAAGGAUUGAGCUCUGCCCUGGAUACAUGACUGAAAGCUGUUUUUGGAAGAUUUACUUUGUGCUUGUUCACCCUAGACUGGAUAAAAAUGAUGCUGUACUUCUGUCAACACCACAGAUUCUGGAAGCCAGGGCCCUAUUGACACAUGAAUUGAAGAAGCGAAAUUCAACUAAUACUGAAAACUUACCUGGGAAAAUUUCUUUGAAGCCAGAGGAGACUGAUUCUUCUCACCAUGAAGAGCCCCUUUUGGCGCCAUUCCCUGAACCUGUAUCUGAAAAGGCAUCUAUAGUGAACACUGGGACUUCAACAGCUCCAGAUACUAAAACAGUUUUAUCCUCAGCUGACAGUACUCAAAUCCAAGUUGUUGACAAGACUGUCACUGAAGAAAAGCAUGACGAGCAAGGUAAAGAUCAGCAUUCGGGAUCUAGCUCUUUGGAUGUUUCCGGAGACAAGGAUGAAGAUGAUGCAGAUGACUGGUUAAAGGAAGAAACAGAAGCUGGUGAUACUGUGGGAAAGACUAUUCCCAUUGAGAAUGAUGACGAUGUAUCAUUUAGUGAUCUUGAAGAUGACGAUGCAGAUGUCCCUAUAAGUUACAGAAAGUCAAAUGGCAGUUCUGAUAAAGAUUCACGAGAUUGGGUUCAGUUGGGAAAAAGCUCGUCUAAGGAUGUUGAUGCGAAGCACAACGACAAGGACAAGGAAUCGAAUGACUGGCUCGAUGUUGAUGACAUUAUUGUCUCUUGAUUGAGAAUGUAAUCCUGUAUUAUUGUGCUGUGAAUAGAUUUAUCGUCAUGUUUUCAUGCAUUAAGGUUUUAUAACGAUAAUGCUUUGUACAUAAGGCUUCUAAAUGAAGCUUGGCUUCUCAACCAAAUUAUUUCUCUUAGCGGAAAAAUGAUUUAUAAUUUGUA